ACGUGCAUAGCUCUAUCUUCUGCUUGUCCUCUCAAAUCCCAACAAUUUUCUUAUCAACGUGAAGGCUACUACCAUUAUCAUUCCCUUUUGUCAUUCAUGCAGGGCUUGAACAUAUAAAUAGAUGCUUUAACACUGUGAAUUAUACAGAAGCUUGAGGACAUUUCAUAUAUCAUAGCAAGGAGUAAUAAAAUGGUGAAUGCUGUAGCGUGUUCUUGUGCAUUAGUCCUUGUGAUUCUAGUUGGAUUGCAGGGGAAAAGUAGUGUCUUUGCGUCGGGGUUUGAUUAUGCAGAUGCCUUUGACAAGAGUUUGUUGUUCUUUGAGGCACAGAGGUCUGGGAAAUUGCCUUCCACUCAACGUGUUAGAUGGCGGGCUGAUUCUGGCCUUUCUGAUGGUUUUAAGCAAGGGGUGGACUUGGUGGGAGGGUAUUAUGAUGCAGGAGAUCAUGUGAAGUUUGGGCUGCCAAUGGCUUUUAGUGUGACAAUGCUGUCAUGGGGAGUUACUGAGUUUCGAAAAGAGAUCACAGGACAGAAUCAGAUGGGGAACACUUUGGCUGCCAUCAAAUGGGGGACUGAUUAUUUCAUCAAAGCUCAUCCUCAGCCUAAUGUUCUUUGGGCACAGGUAGGGGAUGGAGAUUCUGAUCAUUAUUGUUGGGAGCGAGCUGAGGACAUGACAACCUCAAGGACUGCUUAUAAACUUGACACUAAGAAUCCUGGAUCAGAUCUUGCUGGUGAAACUGCAGCUGCCUUUGCUGCAGCUUCUUUAGCAUUCAAGCCUUACGACUCUUCCUACUCUAAUCUUUUGUUAGUGCAUGCUAAACAGCUGUUCUCAUUUGCUGAUAGAUUCAGGGGACUGUCCAUCAACUCCAUCCCGAAUUCCAAGAAGUUCUACGCAUCAUCUGGUUAUGAGGUUCGCCACUGGAACUUACUGAUCACUUUCUGUAUAUUCUUCUAUCAGACUAACAUUUUUCAUCAAUUAAAGGAUGAAUUGUUAUGGGCUGCUGCAUGGCUUUAUCAAGCAACCAAGGAGGAGUACUACUUGAAGUAUGUGGUGGAUAAUGCUGUCUCCAUGGGUGGAACUGGCUGGGCAGUCAAACAGUUUUCUUGGGACAAUAAAUAUGCUGGUGUCCAGAUUCUCCUAUCGAAGGUAUUAUUGGAGGGAAAUGGAGGAGCAUACACAUCCACCCUAAAGCAAUACCAGGCCAAGGCAGAUUAUUUUACGUGUGCUUGUCAACAGAAAAAUGAUGGCUACAAUGCCCCAAUGACCCCUGGCGGACUACUAUACAUAAACGACUGGAACAAUCUGCAGUACGCAGCAUCAGCAGCUUUUCUUCAUGCUGUUUACGCUCAGUAUCUCUCAGCUGCAAAUGCAAUGGUCAAGUGUCCAGAUGCCCUACUCAAACCUCAAGAUCUCCUCAAUUUUGCUAAAUCACAGGGUGAUUACUUACUAGGGAAAAAUCCAAAGUCCAUGAGUUAUAUAGUUGGCUAUGGACAAAACUACCCGAAUCACGUUCACCACCGUGGUGCUUCCAUUGCAUCGACAUCAGUUCUCCAUUCUGCAGUUGGAUGUGUGCAAGGAUUUGAGACUUGGUAUCGUCGUACUGAGAGGAAUCCCAACAUUAUAUAUGGAGCAUUGGUUGGAGGUCCUGACAAGAACGAUGAGUUCAUUGAUAGCCGUUCCAAUUAUGAACAAACGGAGCCUACAAUGACUGGUACUGCUCCUCUUAUAGGACUUUUCUCCAAGCUGCAAUCUUUGAGUGGAAAAUCAGGAGCAGACUCUUAUCAUCAACCACCAAUUUCCCAUCCCAAAGGCGCGCCAGUUCCCCAUCCCAAAAGUGCACCAGUAGCUACCCCGAGAUCAGCUACUCCAGUUGAGUUCUUGCACUCCAUAACUAAUUCGUGGACAGUUGGCAAAACAAAUUACUAUCGACACAGAGUGAUAAUCAAGAACAUAUCACAGAAGAAGAUAACAAAUUUGAGGCUGUUGGUUGAAAAUUUGAAUGGAUCUUCAUGGGGUCUUUCUCCAACACAUGAAAAGAACAUCUAUGUAUUACCGGAAUGGCUCAAAGUACUGAAACCCGACUCAGAUUGCACCUUUGUUUAUAUUCAAAGCGGCCCUCAGGCUAAAAUCUCAGUUCAAAGCUACAAUUAAGUGUUUCAACAGAAGCUCAGGAUUCCAGUUAUCUAUAAAAUUAUAGAUAUAAUUUUUAUCCAAGAAGCUGAAGAUUCUCUGUUAUAGAAGGUGUUAGUGUGCUCCAAUAUUAGAGGUGAACUAUUUAUUUUCUUCUGAAAUAUUUGAGUUCACAUAGAAUUUGAAUGUAAAUUUGAAAAUUCAAGGAGA